GUACCGUUGGAUCAGUUGCCCAUUGUUUUUUUCCGCGCCAAUUGGCAAAUUGCAAUUCUUUUGCAAUAAAUAGUGAUCUCCCAAAAUGUAAGCAGGACCUGAGUAGUUAACAUGCAGGAUCGUACGCUUGAUUUGAAUCAAUAUGAGGAUAACCUUCUGGAAAGCUGCUGGAGAGUGGGCAGAGCCUGCCGUUCCCGGAAAGCUCUUAUUUCUUCAUUCAGUAAGACAGAAAUCGCCGCUGUGGAUACUGUGGCCUGUUGCAAGCAAAUCACUUCCUUGGUGCAGAAAAAGACAUCAGAGAUACAACGUUCCCAUUCGGUGGCCUCAAAACACCAACUGUACCACCAUUUCAAGGACUUUGCGCAGUUGACUUGCGGUGUCACAAGUAUAUAUUGUCGUCAGGUGGAUAUGCUUUUGGAGGACACCAAACAUUUGCUGGAUCAAAUAAAAGGCAACAGCUUUGACUUGGUUUUGACAACCAAGAAAUCAGUGUUACAAACCAGUCGUAAGCGUAAGGCUGUAAUUACCAAGAAGAGCAAACUGAUGAUCUCCAAACGGCUCAGAUUGGACGAAUCCGAUCUGCUCAGUGAACCUAUGCAGCAUUACUAUGCAAAUAUGCUAUCCGAGUGUCAGGUGUGGCAGUCGGAAUGCACUCAGCAGGUUAACCUAGAGAAGUCCAUUGAGCUACCUCGAAAUAGUACUCAAGUGAGUUCAUAUCAUGAAAUUACCAUAACCGAGGAAUUCCAAAUUCACGAGGAGCAGUCGAACAUUUAUCCAAGCGAGGGCUUUGGAAGCAGUGACGAAGCGGAUUUAACAUAUUUUCAUGAACUGUAUCCACGAUAUUCUGCCAAACGACGAUUGACAAAUCGCUUUUCAACUGACAUUUUACCAGCGAAAAUGCCCAGAUUGGAUGCUGAUCUAUUUGAACUGGACACUUCCCAAGAAGACAGCGCUAUAUCGACCACAAACUAUCCUGCAGUAGAUAGCCGUGGUAUAGACGAAUCAGAUAUAACUCACAUAGUAUGCGAACCAUCGCUUCCACUGGAGUUCUUUGAACCUCCAUCAAGGAGAAUGUCCUUUGAUGACAGUACUAUUGAGACAACGCACAGCGUUAAAAUAACUCAACCUGUUACUGUUGAUAAAAAUAAAUCAACAAAUUCUCGCAGAAAGAAGCUAAUUAUCGACAAGUGCAUUAAAUAUUCUCGAAAGAAGCCGAGGGAGAAAACUUUUCUUAAAGAAAAAGUUGUGGCAAUUCCAACGUCUUUCGAACGGCGCAAAACAGCCGAGGACCUGUUAACUAAACUAAAUAAGAAAAUUUCAGUAUUUCCAGAUGUUAUUAAAAUAUCUCCCGUUACUUUAACCGAAGAUGAGCAAUCUGAGGUUACCCUUAGAAGCAUAUUCGGGGUCGAUUUCACAGAGGAUCUGGUCAAGGAGGUUUUCGCUCCACUUAAGAGCAGGAAAAUAAAAGAAAAAAAUAUUGUUUUUCAGCCCGUUGUUCCAGAGGAACAAGAGGACAUUAACUUAACUCCUCCACUGCUGCUUCCAGUUGUUGAAAGCAAUAAUAAUAGCAGUACAUUAAAAUAUACCAUAGGCUAUAAAGAUAAUAAUUUUGAUGCUUACUCCGUGAUGAUGGAUCUACUAAUGAUUUGGCGCAAUAAUCCCGAAAUUCAUGGAAUUGAUGCCAAUAAAUUUAUCCUAUCGUUUCAAGAUCGUAUUAAGGCAUCGCUUGCCUUUAACUUUUUGUUGUAUCUGACUCGGGAUAAGUUUAUAAAGAUCUCCACGAAGCCAAACUCCAUUGAAAUGGACAGAAUAGAACUUGGCGCUGAGUCCAACAGGCUCAUUAUUGAAGGUAGUACACAAGAUUUACUACAACAAUUUUAACCAGUCUGAAAGAGACUAUAAAUCAUUGUUUUUUGAUCAUCGCUAUCAUUUGUUACUUACUUACUAUAAUUAGGCUAAACUGACGUAUAUUGUUCCCGUCACAAAAUCCUUAAAUUCAUUUAAAAAACUUUUGUACAUUUCUUUGUUACUAUUACGUUAUAAUUCAUUAACAUUUUUGAUAAUUCUCUAAACCGUACCAGUUGUCCUUCGUUACACAAUCUCAUUCUCUCUCUGUGACAACACCAAAAAAAUAAUAAACAAGUUACAAAA